AUGGCCCCCACAGUCCUCGCCACAGCAGCUGCAGUUGCAGCCACGCACCCCAACGCCAUCUACUCUGGCUCACUCCUCUCACUCAUCAUCCUCAUUCUCGACCUCAUCGCCAUCGUCCAGCUCCUCAACUCCGAACGCUCUGUCAUGAACAAACUACUCUGGUGUCUCCUCAUCUUUCUCUGCCCCAUCGUCGGAGUCGUCCUCUACUAG